GUUUGAUCACUUGGAGAGAGUCUCAUGGUUGCUACCAAUCUCUCCAAAUGUAUGCUGUUAUAUGUGGCCGACAGGCUAACCACGAAUCCAUCCAGAAUCGUAUUAAAUCCGGAUAUGCUUUCAAGGAACAUAUUGAGAAGGCCAUUGAACUGCAACAUGAUGAUCCCUCUUUAUACUACCUGUUGGGAAGAUGGUGCUACGAGGUAUCACAAUUGAAUUGGAUCGAAAGGAGGGCAGCAGCCACUUUCUAUGGGACGCCUCCAACUGCCACCAUUGAUGAAGCUCUGAAAAACUUUUUAAAGGCUGAUGAAUUGAGUCCAGGAUAUUCCAAGUCCAACUCGUUCUACAUUGCGAAGUGCUACAAGGAUCUUGGCAAUAAUACAAUUGCCCUAAAUUGGCUGAACUUCGCAUCUGAAUUGUCUAUCAAAUCAAAAGACGACCUAGAAGCCCAGAACAGCCUGGAAGAAAUGCAUAAUGCCCUCGCCCAAAGCAGCUAAGUGCAAUCCUAAUAACCAGGAGGAGCUCAGAUAAUUUUUAUCUUGCUACAUACAGACUGUCCAUGUGUUGUGUUAUCACAUCUAACUUUGAAUACAACCUCUCUCAAUA